AAUAUGAUAGCAUUGCAUAUACAUAUAAGGUUCGACAAUUUAUAUUGUGGAUUAGGGUUCAUAAUACACUGUUGAUACUGGUCUAAUAUACAGAAUUUUACUUAUAUCGUGCACUGGGGAUUCUGGUCUACGAUUCGAUUUCGGCCGGGGUUUUGAGAAAAUUAAGGUUGGUGGCAGCUGUGAAGAGAGUGCUGUGAGAGGGGGAAAGAUGAAGCCAACCUGACAGUCUUGCAUUGCAGGAAAGCUUUGCAACGCAGAAUGAAAAAGGAAUUGUUUAUGCUAAAGUCAACCUAACAUGGUUUUAAUCGAGAGGAACGAUGAUGAAACCUUAACUGUCGAAACACAGAUCUGUCAUCUGUGUGACCAUACUGAUCCAUCAAGAAAUUUAAGCUGCCCGUGCUAGCUACAUAAUAAUGGGGAGAAUUCCUUGCUGUGAGAAGGAGAAUGUGAAGAGAGGACAAUGGACUCCUGAAGAAGAUCAUAAGCUUUCUUCUUAUAUUGCUCAGCAUGGAACACGUAACUGGCGCCUCAUUCCCAAACACGCUGGUUUACAGAGAUGUGGCAAGAGCUGCAGGCUAAGGUGGACAAACUACCUCCGACCUGACCUUAAACAUGGCCAAUUCUCUGAGGCGGAAGAGCAGACUAUCGUCACCCUCCAUUCUGUUCUUGGAAAUCGAUGGUCUGUGAUUGCUGCGCAGCUGCCGGGAAGAACGGACAAUGACGUGAAGAAUCAUUGGAACACCAAGCUGAAAAAGAAGCUAUCAGGAAUGGGAAUAGACCCGGUGACUCACAAGCCGUUUUCUCACCUCAUAACCGAGAUCGCCACCACGCUAGCGCCGCCGCAAGUGCCUCACUUAGCGGAGGCGGCGCUCGGGUGUUUCAAGGACGAGAUGCUCCACCUCCUCACCAAGAAGCGCAUAGGGUUCCAGCUUCAUCACCCGGUGGGCCCCGUCAAACACGAAGACAAAGACGAAACAAUUGAGAAGAUCAAAUACGGACUGUCCAGAGCCAUAAAGGACCCGGCGGUUGAAAUGCUCCCCGCCGGCGGGAAUAACAAACCUUGGGAUCACGCCGGCGGUGCCACGUCAUCCAACCUUGGGGAAACUAGCAACGGUUUUCCCACCUCCGAUCAUCAUCACGCCGGAUUUCACUACAGCCUUCCGUGCCUUAUGCACGACGGCGGCGAGGACGGGUCGCCGUGGAACCAGAGCAUGUGCACCGGAAGCACGUGCACGCCGGCGGAGCAACAGGGGCGGCACGUGCAUGACAAAGCGGUGGAGGAUGAAAACGGCGGCGAGUGUUCGGAAGGCGGCGGAAAACGCACAACCGCGACGGACGCGCCGCCGCCCAGCAUUUUCAACUCCGACUGUGUCUUGUGGGAUAUUUCCUCUGAAGAUCUCAUCAACCCUAUGGUUUAAUUAAACUCUCAUCUCAACUUACAUCAUAUCAAUCAAACCUCCAUUAACGCAAGCUAGCCCAGAACCUACACCGCCAUCAAUAACAUAUAAAUCGCCGCUGCACUGCGUGAUUCUUGUAGCAAUUUAUUUGCAUUCUUCAGAAUAUCUAUCUGAUAUUUUUCAAAUUCUCACUCAAUAAAAUUCAUAAACAUUCUCCCA